UCGAGGCCGCCAUCUUGGCAAGAGGCGAAGCGGCAGCGGCUCCUGACAGGGGGGCGGCAGGUCCGGAGCGGCCGGUGCUCCCCUUCCCCUGAGCCCAGCCCCAGUGGAGCCGGAAGCGCGGGUGAGCCCCACCACCGCCCUCACCAUGGUGCUCUUGGCAGCAGCCGUCUGCACGAAGGCGGGAAAGGCUAUUGUUUCUCGGCAGUUUGUGGAGAUGACCCGAACUCGGAUUGAGGGCUUGUUAGCAGCGUUUCCAAAGCUCAUGAACACUGGAAAACAGCAUACAUUUGUUGAAACAGAGAGUGUAAGAUAUGUCUACCAGCCUAUGGAGAAACUGUAUAUGGUGCUGAUCACUACCAAAAACAGUAACAUCUUAGAAGAUCUGGAGACCCUAAGACUUUUCUCAAGAGUGAUACCUGAGUAUUGCCGAGCCUUAGAGGAGAAUGAAAUAUCUGAGCACUGUUUUGAUUUAAUUUUUGCUUUUGAUGAAAUUGUUGCCCUGGGAUACCGGGAGAAUGUUAACCUGGCACAGAUCAGAACCUUCACAGAAAUGGAUUCUCAUGAGGAGAAGGUGUUCAGAGCAGUUAGAGAGACUCAAGAACGUGAAGCCAAGGCUGAGAUGCGGCGUAAAGCAAAGGAAUUACAACAGGCCCGAAGAGAUGCAGAGAGACAGGGCAAAAAAGCACCAGGAUUUGGAGGCUUUGGAAGCUCUGCAGUAUCUGGAGGCAGCACAGCGGCCAUGAUCACAGAGACCAUCAUUGAGACUGAUAAACCAAAAGUGGCACCUGCCCCAGCCAGGCCUUCAGGUCCCAGCAAGGCUUUGAAACUUGGAGCCAAAGGGAAGGAAGUAGAUAAUUUUGUGGACAAAUUGAAAUCUGAAGGUGAAACUAUCAUGUCCUCCAAUAUGGGCAAACGUACUUCUGAAGCAACCAAAGUGCAUGCUCCCCCCAUUAAUAUGGAAAGUGUGCACAUGAAGAUUGAGGAAAAGAUUACACUAACCUGUGGCCGAGACGGAGGAUUGCAGAAUAUGGAAUUGCAUGGCAUGAUCAUGCUUAGGAUCUCAGACGAUAAAUUUGGCCGAAUUCGUCUUCAUGUGGAGAAUGAAGAUAAGAAAGGGGUGCAGCUACAGACCCAUCCAAAUGUGGAUAAAAAACUUUUCACUGCAGAGUCUCUGAUUGGCUUGAAGAAUCCAGAGAAGUCAUUCCCAGUCAACAGUGACGUAGGGGUGCUAAAGUGGAGGCUACAAACCACAGAAGAAUCUUUUAUUCCACUGACAAUUAAUUGCUGGCCCUCAGAGAGUGGAAAUGGCUGUGAUGUCAACAUAGAAUAUGAGCUACAAGAAGAUCAUUUAGAACUGAAUGAUGUGAUUAUCACCAUCCCACUCCCAUCCGGUGUCGGUGCGCCGGUGAUUGGUGAGAUUGAUGGCGAGUAUCGACAUGACAGUCGACGAAAUACCUUGGAGUGGUGCCUGCCAGUGAUUGAUGCCAAAAAUAAGAGUGGCAGCCUUGAAUUCAGCAUUGCUGGGCAGCCCAACGAUUUCUUCCCUGUUCAAGUCUCUUUCAUCUCCAAAAGAAACUACUGUAACAUACAGGUUACCAAAGUGACCCAGGUAGAUGGAAACAGCCCUGUGAGGUUUUCCACAGAGACCACUUUCCUAGUGGAUAAGUAUGAAAUCCUGUAAUACCAAGGAGAGGGAACCAGAGAGGAAAUAUUUCAAAUUAAUAAAGAAGAAGCCAACAGUGGCUGAAGAGUUUUUUUCAAAUCUACAAGCCAUUGGAGACCCUUUUUUCUGGUACAAUGCACGAUUCUCUGCGCGCAAGGACCCUCAACUCACCCUCAGUGUUUAAGUGUCACAGAGACGUUCUUUGGCAAAGAAAGACACAAACAUAAAGGGAAAGGCUGCUGAUUUCUUUGGCAGGUCUCACCACUGGCCAGCAGGAACGCACGCUCUCCAGAGAAUGCCCCCAGUUAAACAGCUUCUCUGCCUUCACCCCAGUCGUGGCUCCUUUGUUUUAAUCCCUGAAUAUAGUUACAUUUCCUACUUUGUUUUUAAAAGUUUUCUCUGCACAUUUUCUUUUUUCCCCUCUUUGUCUCUUCAAAUUUUAAUCUUUUAAACUCCUUAACCUUCAUUUUUUUCUUUCUGUGCAUUCAGUCACGUGCUGGGAUCAUCUGUAUGUAGGCAUUACAUCUGGCGCUCCUGGAAACAGUUGCUCUAGCCCAUUCUCCAUCUUCAGGCUCUUCAGGUGACCUGCUUAAGGGGUAUGAGGUCUAGAAGUUAAAAGAUAAGGACGUCCUUUGUCAUUUUCCUGUCCGCACUCCUCCCUCCCUCCCUCUGCCAAGGUGUCUUCCUUCCAGUCCUGCCCCUCCAGUUUAGAACAGUACUGUGAACCCGACCUGUGUCGCUAUUAAAGACAGCUAGCUGAGAGGCAGCUUUCAAAUGGCACAGCCCUACUUCAGGAUGCCUGAGCAGAGAAUGGUUAUGUCCAGUGAGGGAUUUCACAUCCACAGGUAAUCAUGUCUGCUGCUGGUGCUACCCAAGCGUCUAGUGCUUUUGAAUUCUUCAGCUAAAACAUAAGAGCUCAUGGUCUUCGUAAUCUAUUCACAUUGCCUGGAUUUCACCACCUCCUCCUUCCUGGCUGUUCUCUGCGUUACCCGGUCCCUCCCCACUGUCCCUAUCCCUGAAAUCCUUCCUUUUCCUCCCGUGAGCCUUUUCUAUUGAGUGUCCUCAUGCCCCGUCUCAUCCAUUACUCUUGCAGUGAAGAAGGCUACAUCGGCCAGCCCCGCUUUGGCUUUUUAACCCAGUAUUGCACUUCGUACGUGGGGGGGGGGCUGCUGCAGCCCCAGCAGGGGGGCGGCGGGGCGGAUGACUAGGUGACCUGCUGCGCUUCCAGCUGGCUGGAGAGUACCAUUCCCACUGGGGACAGCAUCUGGCCUCCCCUGCAAAGAGCGUACUGUCCUUGAAGCAGAGCAGGCACGCACUGGUGGCCAUGGAUGGAAUUGAUUGCCAAAGAAAUUUCUGGCCUUUCCCUUUCCCUUAACUGCAUCAGGGAAGAAUCCUUAUCUCUGGCUUGGUUUCCACAUGAGGUUUUUUUUGAGGAAGGGGACUGGGACAAGAAAUGUGUCAUGUAGCUAAAUAGGCGAGAAAUCUUAUUAAUCCAGUUUUGUUUGAAAGUUGCUUGUCCAUACGAUUUUUUUAAAGUUUAGUUUCAAAACUUUUUUUUUUUCUGAAAUUACUUUUGGGGUAAUAUUUAAAAUGAGAGACAUUUUGUAACCCUGUAAAAUACAUAGGGAAUAUAACAUUCCAGUGUACACAAAGAAGGAAAAUUCUUUAAUCAAAUAAAGAGUAUUAUAAAAUGAA